GGCCGGGCGGCCGGGCCGGGGCGGGCGGGCGGGCGGCGGGCAGCAUGAGUCAGCCGGCGCGGAGGCUGCCCAGCCUGCUGGUGGACCCGGCGCAGGAGACGGUGCGCCGCCGCUGCCGGGACCCCAUCAACGUGGACAGCCUGCUGCCAUCAAAAAUAAGGAUUAAUUUAGAAGACAGUGUGCAAUAUGUGUCCAUGAGAAAAGCGCUAACAGUGAAGAGACCUCGUUUUGAUGUUUCACUGGUUUAUUUAACUCGAAAAUUUAUGGAUCUUGUCAGAUCUGCUCCUGGGGGCAUUCUUGACCUAAACAAGGUUGCAACGAAACUGGGUGUGCGGAAACGAAGAGUGUACGACAUCACCAAUGUCUUAGAUGGAAUUGACCUGGUUAAAAAAAAAUCGAAGAACCACAUUCGAUGGAUAGGGUCUGACUUUAACAACUUUGGAGCCAUGCCCCAACAAAAGAAGCUGCAGGAGGAGCUUUCCAACCUGUCCGCCAUGGAAGAUGCUUUGGACGAGUUAAUCAAGGACUGUGCCCAGCAGCUGUUAGAGCUAACCAACGACAAGGAAAAUGAGAGGCUGGCCUAUGUCACCUAUCAGGACAUUCACAGCAUCCGGGCCUUCCACGAACAGAUCGUCAUUGCAGUGAAGGCGCCCGAGGAAACCAGGCUGGAUGUGCCAGCUCCCAGAGAGGACUCGAUCACGGUACACAUCCGGAGCACGAAGGGGCCCAUUGACGUGUACCUGUGUGAGGUGGAGCAGGCCCACGUGAAGGGCAAGGCCGCCGACGGAGUCGGGACCUCUUCGUCUAAGGACACACAUCUGAAAGAUUCUGGGAAAGAAGAAAAUCAAUAAAGUGAAGGAAGAGUCGCCUGAAGCGAGCAGUGAUGGCCUUUGAGAACUGGACCGUGGUUCUCUGGAGCCUCCCCCGCGGAUGAAUUACGCAUCGACGUGAUUCUCAGAGCAAUAAGUCACCCACAAAGUGCACUCCUUCGCCGUCAGCAGCAGGCAGCGCCGAGGGCAGGAGUGGCUCUGCGUGGCUCCCUUCCUAGAUUUCUGAAGAAUUAUGGCUUCUGCAUCGGAAAGCAGCUCUGAUUAUUCACUGCUUGUUGCCAGUGAACUAGACGCCUGGCCUCCUCCAAAGACUGGGUCACGGACACAUGUGGAGGCCAGGCACAGACAGCGCCGCGUGGACGCUGUCCUUCCCCAAAGGGUGAUGUGCUACAUCACAAAGGAAAUUGCCUUACCCUGGCUCCCGUGUGCAGUGCAGUGUCGCCCGCGCGUCUCAGGGCGAUGCCUUUGUAGAUAUCUGUAUCAUGUUUAGGUCACUGAUGAAAUAUGUCUGAGUGGCGCUUUUUACCCCUGUACAGCUCAAAUAAUGUGUGUAUGAAAAGUGACAGACAAGUGCUCUAGUGUCCUUGCUAUCUCUAACUUAUUAGAACCCUCAGGACGAGGGUGACAGGAGAGCUUUCCCGCGCUUCUCCCCGGGGAAGUGCGCUGGUACCUCUAAGUUCAUGGAUUCAUCCAAGUUUUUCAAUGUGGCUCCCGGGGCCGAAGUGGAGGUCAGAUCCUUCUUGAUUUCCAGCUGCCUGCAAGUCACUUUGUCCCAGUAGUGUGGCGGCCUGUCCCCAACACUUUUAGGGCCAGGAGAGAAAUGUCCCAAGGGAACAGAUUAAUCCACUGAAUUUCAGUCAUGGUGCAAUUGGGCACUACAUGAAGCUUUUUGCCCACAGAUUUCAGAAGGUUUCUGUGUGCAGCCUCGGUCCUCCAUCAGAGGGGUCCUCUUCCUAUGAAUUGCCUCCUGCCCUCUGUCUAGUUCUAGUCCCAAUUUUCCAAGCACCUAGCUCUUUCUACCUCAGUGGGUCAGUCAUUUACCACUCUGUGCCUCAGUUUACUCAGUAGUUUACCAUUAGACUGUGAGCUCCUUGAGAGACUUGUUUGCAAUCAUUGUUAUAUCAGCACCUGGCUCCGUGCUUGGCCCGGGAACAGUGCUCAAUAAAUGUUUGACAAAUCA